AUGGGCGUAAUACGGAAAAAGACCGCCUCGCGCGGCACCGAAGCGGGCACCAAGUUCCACUGCGACGUGUGCUCGGUGGAUGUCACAUCGACUGUGCGAAUCUCAUGCGCACAUCCCAACUGUCAUGAAUACGACCUCUGCGUCCCCUGCUUCGCUGCCGGGGAGAGCUCCAAGAAUCACGAUCCCGCGACCCACCCAUUUCAAGUGAUCGAACAGAACUCCGUUCCCAUCUUCCAGCCGGACUGGGGUGCUGAUGAGGAGCUACUGCUGUUGGAGGGUGCAGAGAUCUAUGGUCUUGGCUCAUGGGCCGACAUUGCAGACCAUAUUGGUGGGUAUCGCACCAAGGAUGAAGUUCGCGACCACUACAUCGACACCUACAUCAACAGCAAACAUUUCCCCCUACCUGAUCGAGCCGAUCCCGAAGAUAAGAGCCUCCAAGAAGCAAUCUCCAAGGAAGAAUUCCAGGCGCGCAAGAAGCGUCGCAUUGAAGAGCGCAAGGAGGCAGCCAAAGCUGCUCCACCGACAACACCCAAGCAGAAACCCACGGCCAGUGUACCUGCCUGUCAUGAGGUGCAAGGGUACAUGCCGGGCCGUUUGGAGUUUGAGACUGAGUUCCUGAAUGAUGCGGAAGAGGCAGUCCAACACAUGACUUUUGAGCCCGGGGCGGGUAUUGGUCCCAAUGGGGAGAUGGAUGCGGAGACAGAGCUCAAGAUGACUGUCGUGGACAUCUACAACUCCCGAUUGACCGCGCGCACAGAGCGCAAGAAGAUCCUCUUUGAGCACAACCUUUUGGAUUACCGCAAGAACAUUGCCCUGGAGAAGAAGCGCACCAAAGAAGAGCGGGAGUUGCUGCACAAGGCCAAGCCUUUAGCUCGCAUGAUGAACCACAAGGACUUUGAUGACCUGAACAAAGGGCUGGAGUAUGAACACAACUUGCGCUUGGCUAUUGCACAAUUACAAGAGUGGCGGCAGAUGGGGAUUGGAGACCUCAAAGCUGGAGAGAAGUACGAACAGGAAAAACAGCAGCGUGCACAACGGAUGGUGCCGCAGGGCUCCUUUGAUCGCUUCGCCACUCCCCGUCCGAAGCAAACCCAAGUGGCCGAGCCCCCGUCCGCGGCCAUCCAGCUUACUACACCAGAAUUACCGCUGCGACUUCAAAAGGCUGCCAAUCCGCAUAAGCCCCCCGACCCAGCCAACAUGCCCAUGAAUGACUUUGAUUUGAUGUUUGCAACCAACGGUGAUGCAGCUCCAGCAGCACCAGUGAAGUCAAAAUAUGUUGUGCAGCCAUUAAGUGGGGUGCCAGCCUGGAAGCUUGACAGUGACCGUGCGGCUGAUCUGCAUCUUCUCUCUCCGGAAGAAGUGAAAGUGUGCAGUGUGCUUCAUCUCAUGCCCAAGCCAUAUCUGGUCAUCAAAGAAACCCUGCUGAAGGAGGCGAUGAAGCAGGGAGGCAGCCUGAAGAAGAAAGAUGCGCGGGCCAUUUGCAAGAUCGAGGGUACCAAAACAAGUCGGAUCUUUGACUUUAUGGUACACAGCGGCUGGAUUAACAAGGCCUAG